AUGGCAUGGACAGCACCAUCACAUAUCUUAUCUGGCUCUUCCUCGCAACUACUAAUCCUCGACGCUGGUGUUGGAACUGGUGAAAGGCCCUUGUACGAUGGAACCAAUUAUACUUUUCCAGAUACGACGAAAUCGGCAGGGAUUGCUGAACUUCUAGAAAACACCUUUGUCAAUGCUUGUUUUCAGCUACGAGAGGGUUUUGUCGAUGUGCUCAAGAUGUUUGUGGCUGCUUCCAUUGCAGGUUAUGAAUUUGGAUUUCCUAUCGAUGAGAUUGCAAGAGAGCUCGAUGAAUGCCCUAAUCAGACUGCUAAUCGACCACUAAUGGAGGAAGAAAUCAAACUACGACGUGGUUGGUAUUGUGUAGUGUAUUUGACGUUGGCUACACUCGGUCAUCCCACAAAAACAUCCUCCAUUGUGGAUUCCAUACCAGACGACAUUCGGUCAGAGUUUGGUGGAGUUAUUGACUGGGCAGUUGAGACUCAGAAGAAGGGUAUUGCAGUAUCCAAUGAAGGACUACUGAAACAAUCCGAUACCUCCAAUCUAUCUCCGAUGGAUAUUGCAAUUCUGUCACAAUCCAUUCGAGUUAUGACACUGACAUUUACAGUGUUACGAGAAACACAAGAAGCUCGGGCUGGAGAUAUAGCACCACCGACACCACCAAUCGAAGGUGCCUACUAA